GCUUGGGGCAGCAAAAAACCUAGAGCCGGCCCUGUGUGAGAGCCGGAGGCUGUGGCCUGGGGGGGUCCAAGGGGUCAGCCUCUCAGUGCUGGCUGAAAGGUUGCUUAAAGAGCCUGGGUUUUGCAUCCCGGCCCGUUGGAAGCAGCGCCAGCUCCCUCUGCUAGCGGGCUGGCAGCGCCAGUGCCACAGCGCGGUAGGGCUUCUAGGUGGAGCACUUCACGCACCUGCACAAGUUACUGUUCUCAGCACACCUGCUCCAGUGGCUGCUGCCUCGGCUGUUGAAUGAACCGGGCUCUUCAAGGCACACACCCAGCUGCCCCGCCCUGAACAGCCCUUCCCUGGGGCUCCAUGGGGACUGCCCGCUUAGAGUGCAGUGCUGCUGCCCCUUGGAUACUGACAAGUUUGUUCUUCAAGACAGGCGGUAACCAGCGUGACCUGGCCCGUCAGAAGCACAUGAAGAAGCAGACUGACUCGGGCAAGGGGAAGCGGCGCGAUGACGGCCUGUCGGCGGCUGCCCGGAAGCAGAGAGACUCUGAGAUAAUGCAGCAGAAGCAGAAAAAGGCCAGUGAGAAGAAGGAGCAACCGAAAUAACGUGUGGGGAACUUGGUCUGGCCCAGGAGAAGUGAGGCAGCAUCCCUGCCCUUCACCUUUGCGCUUGCCCUGCCCGCCGCUCCAGCCCACCACAGCCUUCUGGCCCUCUUGCUGGUAGAAUGCAAAGCGUGUAGCCCCGCCGGGAUUGUCCGCGCCUGAUGUAUGUUCUCCCCCCUCUCUAUAAUGUGCAGCCAGUGUUGGCCCAGAGGGGCUGGCCUGGGGCUGCAUAGCCAAGCAGCUGCAGGAGCCCCUCACCCUUCUUAUUCACAUCAGACCCACUUCCACGUAUUAAAGUAGCUUUUGGAUUCCUCA